ACUCGGUUUAAGAACGAUGAGGUUUGCUAUAGCUUUAAGAAGUAAAUAAUGUUGAAUGUUUGUGAAAUUAAAUUAUCAUACAACGUUAACAUUGAUUUAAUAAUAAGCGAGUUAAUGAAAUGCUUGUGUAGUGACUAUUGCUCUUAACCGAGCUAACAUAACUUGGUCCCAAAAGGGCCUUCAAUGUAACGUUGGUAUCACAUAUAUGUGCAUAAUUAACGUCAACUAGCGCUAAUUACAAAGGUCUGUACGGGUCAUAACAGUGAAAUAUGAGCAGCAUGGACUCGGAGGAAGACGAGGUUUCAGAUAUUCGUCCUGGGAGUGAGAUAACCGGAGACUCAACGGAGGCCUCUAACCCAUCCUCGGACUCUACUGAGCCGUCAAUGGGGAGAAGAGGACGCAAAAGGCCGGUGAAAACCACGGUGACCCCUCCGGGCUCCGGUAGCUCCGAGUUUCGCGUUUUGCGAACCAGGGAGAAGGUAAACAAUUCAAAGAAUGCCACUUACAAGCAAACACCUAGCGUUAAGAGUGUGCACCGUGGACGUGGGAGACCUGUGGGAUCACGCUGCAAAAACACACAACCUGCGGUAAAGAAAUCCACAGCCAAAAAUGCAUCCAAACACACUCUUGGAUCAAAGCUGUCCAAAUCUAGAGAAGGCAAAGGAAGACCUCCAACCCAAGCUACUCGUACAAAUCACGCAACAGCAUGCAAACCUGAAGCAGAGAUGGAGGCUGAGGAAACAGGUUCUUUGAAAGGAAGCAAUGACAGCUUUGCAGAUCCAGAUGCAGCACUUGACGAGGACCCUCCAUUCAGAGAUGACCCAAAUGACCUCAUCUAUAAACCCGAGACAAAGACGGAAAAAUCAAGGCGGAAUACAAUGUUGAAACAAAAGGAAGUCAAAAAAGAGGAGGAGGAAAAAGAUGACAUUAAAAAGGAAGAAUCAACAGAGAUGGUUGUGCAGAGGGAAGAUGGAGUGGGUACUAAUGCAGAGCCACCCAGGAAGAGAGGUAGACAACAAAAAGAUGACAAAGGCCCUCGGCUGCCAAAACAAAGAAAAAAGCCCCCAGUGCAGUACGUCCGCUGUGAAAUUGAGGGCUGUGGUACUGUCUUGGCCCACCCACGUUACCUACAGCACCAUAUCAAAUACCAGCACUUGCUUAAAAAGAAGUAUGUGUGUGAUCACCCCUCGUGUGGACGAUUGUUUCGUUUACAGAAGCAGCUGUUGCGACAUGCAAAACAUCAUACAGAUCAAAGGGACUACAUCUGUGAGUAUUGUGCGCGUGCCUUUAAGAGCUCUCAUAACCUGGCUGUGCACAGGAUGAUUCACACAGGAGAAAAGCCAAUCCAGUGUGAGAUCUGCGGCUUCACCUGCCGUCAGAAGGCCUCCUUGAACUGGCACAUGAAGAAGCACGAUGCAGAAUCCUCCUACCAGUUCUCUUGCUCAAUUUGUAGCAAAAAGUUUGAGAAAAAGGACUCCGUUGUUGCACACAAGGCCAAGAGCCACCCCGAGGUGCUCAUAGCUGAAGCCCUGGCAGCCAAUGGGGGCUCAGUAAUAAGCAGUCCCACCCUGAUCCAAGAGACUGUCCCAGUGCGCAACCAGACCCAAGAGACUGUCCCAGUGAUCCCCCAGCCCAAUCAACCCUCCGUCAGCCAGGAGACUCAGGAAACGGUGAAUAGCACGCUCACUCCACUACAGCAGGUGGUGCUCCCGCUCGCCCCACAGACUCAAAUAGAUGUAUCUCAGGGCCAGUUUCUCCAACUGCCCACGCACCAUGUGGUGCAAGUGGGACAUCAGAAGCAAGCCCCCACCUUGUUGCACCUCUCUGCUGCUACUCCUACCAAUUUCUCCAACAGCCAUCCCCAGCUCAUCCAGCUCUCCACCCUUCCUGCCAGCACCGUCACUUCCAUGACCAUUGCGGACCCUCAGAGCUCCCUCCUCACCCUGAGCUCCGUCACCACACUGGCCUCCACAGCCUCCCUGGCUUCCCAGCAGGCCAUGCAGUGGGGCAGGGAGGCUGAUGAGGAUGAACAGUUACCAGGGGAGGGUGAGCUGUGGGACAGGGUGGUGGUGGGUGGCGCUCAUCAGGAUGUGAGGGAAAUGAUGUGGGAGGGUAACGAGGAAAGGAGGAAGGAAGACGAGGGGAUUGUAUGGGAGAGGGAAGGAGGGAGACAGAUUCUUUUACAGUGUGCUGAGGUUCAUGGUGACAGUUUAAUCUAG